AUGACAUGCGCCCUCUGCAAUCAGUUCCAGGGGAAAUGGAACCUUUCAGAUACCCGAUUGCGGGGUAUGAAUAGACACCACAUCGUCCCUAGAUUCACUUGGGAGGAGAUGCAAUGUUCGGCAACCUCGUGCUACGGCUGCAAUAUUCUCAUAUCUGGAUGCCGGGGAUGUUUCAGCCAGCACGGCAUUGAGGAAUCUGAUAUCGUACACGGGAUUCUUCGGUUCUACUAUCCGACCACUCUCGAUAACGCUGUCAAACAAGAGGCGAGCAAGGACUUGAUCUUCCUCAUGAAAGGCGGACGCCGUUUUGAAGUCCAGCUUUUUUGUACAGAGGAUGAUGAUUGCCCAAUCCCAGAUUCGUGGGAUUACAUCCCUGUUUCGCGGAGGACAUCACCACGGACCGAUUCUGACAUGGCUAUCGUUACCAUAAAAGGCUGGAUUUCAUCAUGCAUCGUCACCCAUUACACCCCUGAAUGCUUUUGCGACUCUCCCGAUAACCCACCUUUGCCCACAAGAGUAGUGGAUGUGGGCCUCGACGACGACAGCGUCAAGCUCAUCGAACCAAAGGGGGCCGUCAGAGCCAAGUACAUUUGUCUGAGCCACUGCUGGGGCCUUGCCCAAAUCAUAACGACUACAAAAUCAACCCUCGCAGAUCGCAAAAGGGGCAUACCCUGGAGAAGCCUAUCCAAGACCUUCCGCGACGCCAUUUCCCUCACCAGGGCCCUUGGCAUCAAAUACAUCUGGAUCGACUCCCUCUGCAUUAUCCAAGACGAUGCGAGGGAUUGGGACGUCGAGUCUUCCAAUAUGGCUGCAAUAUAUACAAAUGGCCAUCUAACCAUCGCCGCAACCAUGUCAGCCAAUGGCGCCGGCGGACUCUUCAGAGAUACCCCAGACUUCGAAGUCUCUGGCACGGCACCCCCUUCAGAUACAAACGGCAAGGGGGAGCCCUACCGCCUCUUCUUCCGCGAACGCAUCGACCACCACAUCGACAUGGGCAUAGCCAACAGUGACAUCUCCAUCGGCAGCCCGACCGCGACCCACUAUCCCCUCCUCACCCGCGCAUGGGUCUACCAAGAACGCAUGCUCUCCACGCGCAUCCUCCACUUCGGGCGCUACGAGCUUUUCUUUGAGUGCCGCAGCAGCAUCGUCUGCGAAUGCGACGACAUCGAGUUCCACGGCUCCUCUCCCGAAACACCCAUCGCGCUCUUCAAGAUUGAGCAUGCAGAAGCGUUGGGCGAUUACACCAGCAGCUGGGUUGAUGGAGACCAGUUCCGGGACGCCGUCCACUACCAGGGCGCGAGCCUGUGGCGGACAAUGGUGAGCUGCUACAGCGCGCUGCUGCUGACGAAGUCGAAAGAUCGCCUGCCAGCCAUCAGCGGUAUUGCCAAGGAUCUCGCUGCGCGCAGGCAGUCGAGGUACCUGGCUGGCCUGUGGGAGGAGUCUAUCAAUGACGAUCUGCUCUGGACCGUGCACUGGCAAUCGCGACACCAGAAGGCGAGGCCGUACCCACGCAACGCGCCGACGUGGUCGUGGGCGAGUACGGAUGCGUGUGUGCUGUAUUACGAUGGCGUGUUGUUUACCAACCUGGAGGACAAGCAGGGGUCGCUUAGGGAGAGACAGCCGUACAAGCAUUUUAGCACGGUGGAGAAGUGUGAAGUGACCUGGGCGGCUGUUGACGAGUUCGGGGCUAUUUCGAGCGGGAUGCUUACGAUUUCAGGACUGGUGGUUACCGGUCUCCUUGAGCGGGAGGUUAAGGCGCAGAGCGAUGGGGUGGAGGAUAUCGUGCACUAUGUUUCUUUGCCCAGGAGAGAUGAUGGUAGUAAUGAGAAGAAUAAUCAGCUGCGACUGGCGAUUAAGCCCGACUACCUGCUUGAUCAUGACGGGCCUGGACAGACGAAGCCAGGGACUGAGGUGUUUUGUCUGCGCAUGAGCGUUAUACAGGAGGGUUCGUCGGACCAUAUGAUCUCACUCGUCUUGAAAAGGGCGUCUGAAUCGCCAGGGCGUCUUGAGAGGAUAGGAACGGUGAUUCUCAGGCAGAAUCCCCCACCUAUAGACCCUGUGGGCGAAUUGUUUCAGGAUGCUGAACUGAGGACAAUGACUAUCAUUUAA